AUGGGCACCCGGCCCCGCAGCCCCAGCGCCCACCCUGCGCCCUGCCCGGGGCCGUCGUGCGGAGAACCCGGCCCUGCCAAGCGCCGCCGAACCGAGGAGCCCGCGGACCUGGAAGGCCUGGAGGGGCCCCCGGCCGCCGGCGCCCUCACCUCCGUGGUGGUUCUGGCCGACGGCUGUGCCCUGCAGGUGCCCCUGGACGACGUCGACCUGGUGCUGGAGCCCGAGCCGACGUCGGUCCUGCAAGUGUCCGUCGGAGAGUUCACCCUCCUGCUGGUCCCCGAGGCCCUGGUGCGCUCAGGAGGGCAGGGCCGCUCGCCCGCCGGCCUGGAGCCCCGCGCUUGCCUGCACGGGCCUGGGCACCACGUCGCCGUCGAGCAAGGAUUCUUCCGCGCACCGGUGCCACAGAUGGCGCCCCGAGAAGAGGCCCACGAGGAAGACGCGGACCCCGAGUUCCCGCCGCCUGGCACGGACCCUGCGGCGCGCUCGGUCGCCGGGCUCCGCCCCUGCGCGGGAGGCAUGGCCAGCCCCUACCUGCUGGGCCCGGUACCAGAGCCCCGGUCCUGGGUGCCCACCCCCAGCCCAGAGAGACGCUCUUCUUUCCGCUACUUCGACCUGGACGUCCACCUUCUGGAGCCCUUCCCCAGCUCGCCACUUCAACCUCUACCUCCCUCUCCGAGUCCAGGUCCCCACGUGCGACCCCAGCGCCCUCCAGGUCCUUCUCGCAAGGCCCGAAGACGCCUGUUCCAGGAAUGA